GCGCCCGCAGUCGAGCAGCGACGUUGGUCGUCGACGGACGCUGCACCGGGACUCCGCGCCGACGUCCGAACAUCCUCCCCCUAACAAAAAUAAAACUCUAUCUCCGGUGGUGAGCGGAAACAAGACGUGUUUUCGGUGCGGAAUUUUAUUUUUCAUUUUCUGGCCUUCAAGAAAAAUGAUUCCUCCGAAUGUCGUCAAAUUGGAAAUGAUAACCAAAUAGAAAUUGAUUUUCGGAUUAUUUUUUUUACGUUUUGAAUUUAUUUUUGGUUUAGGGUUAAUCUGAAUCGAAUAAGGUUACGUCACGUGACCUAGGUUGUUUUUAACGCCCGUUUUGUUACGUCGAUCCAUCGGGGUUAAUCGAAUCGGUUUCGACUUGGACGUGAUGGUCCAUGUCGUCGCGUUUCUAGGUUAAAUUCAAAAGUGUAGCACCACAUCUAUUUAUAAAGAGACUGUUAGUGUAUUUUUAUUUAUUACUACAAUAAAUUGACUUUUACCAUUUAGCUGAAUGUUAACAAAUUAAGAGACUUUGUGUACCAGAAUCUCCAAAUUGGGUAAUUCUCGGCGUGGAAAAUUGGAAGUUGAAAUUUCUCCAAUGUUAAAUAACUUGUCGAAAACAAAUAACUGAGGAUGCGGUUUUACACGGCCCUCGUCCUGGUCUGCCUAGUGCAGCAGGCGAUUCCAGGUCCAGCUUGUAGAAUAAGCGAGUUUCCAUGUCGCAAUGGAAAAUGUGUUAAGCUAAACGCUUAUUGCGAUGGAGCUGACGAUUGCGGAGAUUUAUCCGAUGAACCUAAUUAUUGUACAGUUUGCAAUAGAACGUACUACGGGGACGUGAGCAAGACUUAUGACCUGAAGGUGAACAAACAGCCCGAGGUACGGCUACCUUUCCUUUGCCAUUUGACCUUCACCGCAAACGGACAGAGUCAUGGGGACAUUGUCCAGUUAAUCUUCGACGAAUUCAAAGUGGGUCGUUACGAACCGGCGGCGUUGGAUGGUUGUCCGGACGGUUAUAUGCAACUCAGCGAAUUAGGGAGACCAUUCACCGGGGGAUCUUGGUGUGGAUCGUCAUCUGGACCUGCAGCGUAUUACAGUGAAACAUCAACAGUGACAGUUUCGAUAAAACUUUUCUCCUCCCCCCAAUUACCCUUUCAAUUUCGUCUCAGGUACAGAUUCGUCUCCCGUAGGGAAGCUGUCGUGAGAUUCGGUUCUCCGUCGGCGCCUUUGGAACGAGGAGAAGUCGCACCCGGAACGUAUUGUACGCGACAGUUCGAAGAAUGUUAUCGAAAAUCUUGUAGAUUGCAAAGUCCGAAUUAUCCGGGAAUGUAUCCAAGGAACGUGUCCUGUUAUUGGAGUUUACGACAAAAAGUUGUUCCUACGUGCAAACACGCGAUGAUUGCGGUUAGACAGGAAGCCGCACAUAAGAUGCAUAUGAAACGAUCGAUUAGCGUGGCCGGUUUAAAUAAAACUGCGAGAGCUUUGAGGGCUUGGAGGGAUUGUACCGGAGAAAGAGAUCACUUAAUAUUUUACGAUGGGGGAUCAACGAAUGAUCCGGUUUUGGCGAAGUACUGCGGUGGUGAUUGGUUACCUCGAGUAGUUUCAAGAGGGCCAGAAAUGCUCGUAGCCUUCCAUUCAUCGCCUUUUAGCAUCCCAUUACACUCUCCUCCAUCUCAUUCCCCUUUAAGGGGGUUUGAAUUGGACGUUGAUGUAAUCUUUGCCGAUUCGGACUCGUUAGACUAUUCGAGGGAAACUUUAAAAUGUGAAUUUGAUAUUAACGCAACCAGCUCGGAUGGUGAUGAACUCAGAGGAAGGCGCGGGCAAAUCAUAAGUCCGCGACAUUCUUUGCCACCCAAUACCACGUGUACUUAUCGUUUCAAUGGGUUACCUGAUGAUAUCGUGUGGGUGAGCUUCAUUUCUUAUAUGCACAGGGCUUUAUUAGUUGGUGAAAACCCUCAUUUAUUAGCUAACGCAUCGACUGGGUUGUGCUCUACAAGGUUGCGAAUAUCGGAUGCAACGAAUGUUCUUGAAGAUAAAUGUGAUGAGUCGCCGAGGUUAUGCGAUCACAGCGCUUUAAGUAAUUCGACGAGAACAACCAGACCUUGCACACUCCCCGAAAGCUAUUUAUCGGCGGGAAGACAUCUUAUCAUCCAACACCACACCGAAGAUGGAACAGCUUUGCAUCCUGCCUCAUUUAAAUUAAAGUACGAAUUUGUUGAUACAAAAUUAGGGGGUGAGCCGUUAUUGAUCGACGAUAAACCCACACCGUGUUAUAGGGUUUUUAAGAAUAACCCGCAAGGUGAAAUAACAGGGCCGAAAAAUACUUUUUUGUUUGGAAGGGGUGGUGCGAAAGAUCUCCAUUGUGUAUUAAGGAUAGAGGCGAAAGAUGAUGAACGGAUACGUUUAAUUCUAAAUAACGCCUCUUUCGGAUUAAAUCCAUCUUGUGAAACAAAUACGGACCCUCACAGUGGAAGACCAAUUUGCGAUUAUUAUCCAAACGGGAGAGUAUCAGAAUUAAACAUUUGGGAGAUGCCGUGGAAAGAUUUAAGGAUGCCGAGGGCGUGUAUUUGCGAUAAUUCUUCUUUGUCUUCGAAACCGAUGGUGUUCAUCAGUUCCUCGCAUAUCUUAGAAAUUCACUACACUGCCAAUGAUAUGAAUAUAACGGAAGAUUAUGCAAUAUUAAAUUUUCACGCUACAUAUGAAUUAAUGAAAAUGCCCGGGUGUCCGAGGAAACAAAGAUUAAAAGGAUACGGAGGAGACGUUCGAUUUACGAAUCCACCUGAAGAUAGAUCUGAAUUUUUGUGCUCAGGUUUUCCUUGGUUGGUUGAAGCUAGACAUAACAGAAGUUUAUUUUUGUUGUCUUGGGGUGCUUUUCUUCCAUUAAAACCUAGAUUUGAAGAACCAAAUCGUUGCCCAACCAGCAACAGGAUAUUAAUUUAUUCGGGUAAACCCCCGAAAUUAGUUAAAGCACUUUGCCCAGCUGAACCAGGAGCGAAACCUUUAGCAGUUCACGUUUUUAGCGAAGAAUGGUUCGGUGACGAUCAAGUUUUUAUUCAAAAGCGACCUCCAAACUUUAUUGUUGAGUGGAUUAGUCACGAACAUGGAAUUGCGGCUUUUAGCUGGUUAGAAAUAUCAAGAUCGAGGUCUUCCUUACUUCAACAACUUCAAGUUCCGGUUAAUACCAGUUCAAACGAAACCGAUCUCGAGUGUCUCCAUCGUUGCCCAGAAUUAGAUGCUUGCAUCUCACCGGAAUUAUGGUGUGAUGGCAGAGAAAAUUGUCCUUCUGGAUUCGAUGAAUCUGAAGAGCAAUGUGGGUCAACCUCACGGUUAUUAAGCACGCUUCCCGGUGCUGCUUUAGCAGCUGGAGUUGCGAUAGCCGCCUCGUUGAUUUUAUUACUUUGUUUAAGCCUCCAUCGACUAAGGGCAAGGCGCCGAAGAAAAUUAGCGAAAAAGAAGCUCCUCACGGGACCCCGAUUACUCGAUCCCGGUUAUAAUUCUUGACAGAAGGCACCUCCUGUGGAAUACAUACACGUGGACAGGGAGACGACUGUAUGAGAUACGAGAAAACCCGAUUUUUCCGUCCUGUUGCUCACGAGAUAGGUGCCUUCACCGGAAGGUUUUCCUUUACGCAUUCCUCCUUCCCAACGUUUAGGAAAACCUUCCCGACCCCAAAACUAAUAAAUGAAGUAAAAAUAAACGAAACAUAAAACAUAAAAAGAUAAAAAGACAAACGAACCGGAAAUGGACAAUCUUCACCCAGACAGCUUUUUCAGUGCCAAAAUAAACGAAGUGUUAAGUCAUUCUUGUAGUGUUACAAAUAUAUAGAAAUAAAAUAAAGGUGAGGUGUAUCACAUCGAUUUGCUUUUUCAACACACACUGAUACCAUCAUAUGUACAUAAUUCUUAGAGUUAAAAAGAUUAAAAAUAAUAAAUCGAGUUUCAUUUCAAAUUUUAGGUGAUUUACCUAAAAGGGUGCUAAAUGACCCGAAAUUGUCAUACGGGAAAUAUAACUAAAAAUAAUGUUUAAAAGGCAAUUCGAUGUUGUUUUAAAGGGUGGUAAAAAAAUCUUCAAAAAGCACUGUAUAGACGAAUCCAAUUUUUUUUAAUCGCAUCCUUUUUUUUUUUUUUUUUAAUCCUCUACUCUUUUACCGGCGCGUCGCUAUCUCGAAAUCCCGGUGGAACCGGAACUACCCCAUAAAUAUCUCGGUAUCGGGGUGAACCUGGUCGCCAAAAUAAAAACUUAGAGAGAGCCGUUUUUUAGAUUUAACUUAUCGACACCGUCCCAAAAGCCGCCGCCGCGUCUUGCGUGUUUUGAAAUUAAUUUCGAACGCACCCAAUAAACUCUCCCGAGGACGGUGUCGGUUCGCUCAAUAAAUCCAACAUUUAUUGCCUCAAUAAUGCCUGGCGAUACAAAUAAUUUCGUAUCGUGGACCCCAGAAUCCGGAUACCCAACCAACACCAGCAACAACAGCAUACCACUAUACAACACCAUGGUGCAGCAAAAUUUAUGACAUGGAUUUAUCGUCGUGCAAUAUCCGUAUUAUUUAUGCGAUCGAACGUUCUAGAUAUACCUUAGGGAGAUGUUCUGAUGAAAAAUCUCUUUUUAUCUCAAUAUUAAAAAAAAAUAUAAUUCUUAACUUUGUUUACUCAUCCAAACAUUUUUUGCACUCCCAACUCAUCGCUCCAAUUUAUAUGCUUACAUAGAGAACAGCUUGAAGCUAAAUCUGGCGAAAUUUUAGCUUGUUGUGGUGUUAAUAUUUUGAAAUUUGUAUUAAAUUUGGUGGUGCAGCAAGAAGAAUGAAAGACAAAGUACAACAGGAUGUCAAAAAGGACAAAGUUAAAACCCAAUCCUUAUCACAAUAUUAGAGAUCGACUUACCUGCAUUAUUCUGGCUAACGGCUUUUCGUCUUGGAGAUUUGACGCGUAUAAAACCUCAACGUGGCACUAUCACGGCAUUACUCAGCUUCCAGUAUCCUAUUAUUAUUUGAAAUCACUGUAGAUUACUACAUCAAAAUAGCACCAAUAUAAUAUAAUACCUCAUUUGGGUUACGGCAAGCUUCUAAAAGUGAUUUUACAUCUCCCACUUGCUCAUCAGAAUCUUCAUCUGCAUUGAAAAUUUAUCUUGUUUUUAUAGCAAGAAAAUGUUUGGUUCGUAGUUGACUUGGGUUGGGUUGUUUCAUCUCUAUUUCUAAUUCUUUAUUAGUUAAGAUAGAUCUCCAAUAGUUAAAUUUAAUUGCAUUGGGAUGCGGAGGAAGAUUAUUUGGGAUAAGAAACCUCAACGAAUCCUGGAAACCUGAAACAAAAAAUAAAAAUUUAUUGGAGGGGUCAACUACGCCCGUCAAUAAAUAGUCGGGAAAUUAAAGAGCUCAAGGAGAUGGAGGACAAAUUCAUGAUUUAAGAUGCUUGGCGCAGUUAAGAACUUUAUCGAGGAAUGUUUAAAGUUCUUCGUAAAAAGUGCUUAAAUUGAAAAUCUGAAGGAACCAGUUCUGAACAAUGGGGUGGAUGGGCAAGAACGCCCCAAUUGUGUUUCUGAAAUCAGAUCUUCGUCUGAGUUAAGAUUUCUGUCGAAUGGCUUGGUGUAGUUGAGAGUCACUGCGCAUGUUAUACUGAACCUAAGGCAAUGACAGUAGACAUCUAUAAAAUGCGUGCAAGUUUCAAUCUGUUGUAUCCACUCACACUGCACAACUUAUCAUUUUUACCUUGAUUUAUGAUGUUCCAACAUAAUAGAAAAUCACACACUAAAAAAAUUGAUCAUCAAGCUGUCAAACAAUUCAUUACUCCCAAGUUUUGCUCAACCUAAGGUUGUAAUGAAUUAAUUAAUUCCUGUCACCGUGGCAGCAAUUAUUUCCUAAACUUCUUUCUCUGCUACAAUUUUCGCCUAUAAUAGUCACAUUUUAAUAUCUAAUCCUUCCAGGAUCGCAAAUCUAGCAUUAUCAUCACUAUGUCUUUGUGGUUACUAAAGUUCUCUAAUCGUUAAGUUCAUUUAAUUAAAGUGUUGAUAUUUCAUUUAAAUAAAAAAACUUAUAUCUAGGUUAAAAAUCAAACAACAAAUAAAUUUUGAAAUCUAAUCGGAAACGGAAGUAAACGUCAUUCGAUUAAAUGACAUCAUUUCGUGGUUUAAACGCUUUCUUGGAAUUGAACGUCUUGAGUCGGUUGCAAACUGCGGAUGAAGAGGAGAGAAAUCAAUUGGCGAUAAAUUUGCAAUUUCCCCCGAUCGAACGAUGGGGAUUUCCCCUCGUGCGCGUUUAUUCAAAUUUUUAGCAACGCAUACGUGUCACACCAUGUUUUAUUGAAAAUAGGAGACGUUGCUGCAAUGCUAUUGGGAUAUGUGAUUUUUCUUUGCACCAUUCAAAGCGGAAUUUAAUACCCAAGUUUUAUAAGUUCUCUUAACUUGGUAUUUACAGAGGAAAUACACUUCGUUUUACUUGCCAACAUGAUUCAAAAUAUAAAAUUAAAGCUUAAAUUUGUUGUGAAUAAUUGAGUUGGGAAUUGAAUCGUGCACAAGCUCCAGGUAACCAGCGAUAAAUAUUUGCAUAACAUCAAACAAUCGUUUCGAUUCGAUGCGAUCGGUUAGAUCUCGAUUUGAGGAUAAUUCGCUUGCGCAUCUGAUCAUCACAUGAAUAUUUGUUGUUCUCGCCAGUAAAGUUGUUAGGGGCGAAAAAAGCACGGUUCCCGAAUAUUUGCGUGCGUUGUGUGGCAGUUAAAUAAACAGUUAUGCUCCCAUCGGAUAUCGUUUGAACCUGUUUCAAACUGAGCAGGGGUUGGCGGCGGAAGCAAAUUGCGAAACGUCAAACUUCAAUUCCCGAAAUCGGCGAUUACAGUUGUUUCGAAACUUUGUGCUUUUGUUCAAUUGCGGUUAACCUAAAGUUCUCGAUUAACCCCAAAAUCAAAUCAAAAUCUGCUGUAUAUAUAUAUAUAUAUAUAUAUAUAUAUAUUAUAUAAUCAAUAUGAGAAUUUUUUAUUGUUGGGAUUACACACAUACACAUGAUGUGACGAAUUAGAGGAUUUUGUAAACGUAGUGCAAUCAAUACUAAUUAACUAGAUAAACGGGUCGGAGCCACAAUUGCGACGGGGGUUAAUUUGAAUAAAACCACGAGAUCGGACGACGGUGAGAGGGGGAUGGUAAUCAAUUGAAACUUUUUCCACGGGGGACGUCGCCCCCGUACAAAGCGUUCCAGCAAAUUGAAGUAAUUGGGCCCUCAAUUUGGGGUUUUUAAUCACUUAACAAACAAAUUUGGCGUUGAGCGCUACUUAACGGGGUAGAAAAAUAAAAAAAAAAGGAUGAAGAAGGAAAAAUGAGGUUCGUCCGUUUUUACCACCACUUUUUCCAGUUUUAAAACACCUUUUAACUUAAAAACAUACAUUUCUGUAGAUAAUGUACAUAAAAAUUUCAUUAAAAUUAAGUUGGAAAAAAAACUUAAACGAUGUAAAAGUAAAAUUAAUUUACAUCUAUUAUAGAAAAGUAAAAACUUUUCCGUUUAUAACGUUUAGGGGGUAGAUAUGUUAGGUAAAUUACGUGUAGCUAAUUAAAAAAGAAUAAGAUAAUGUUAAUAAGUGAAAAAAAAAAUCGAAGAAAUCAUAAACUAACAACUCUCUCUAUCUCUGUAAAUAAACCAAAAAUAAAUUGUGUAAAUAGACAACAAAAAAAUGUACUGCCAACUAUCGACAAAAAAAACUAAUAAUUUAAAAAAAAUGAUAAAGUGUAAUCGCGAAACUAAAACCGAAAACGAAAAAAAAAUCGGAAACUUACUAUGAUAAUCAUUUUAGAAAAUGUUGUAAUUGUAGAUAGGUAUGUGCACUUUAUAUAUUAAGCGAACACUGAUUAAAUAAAAAAUAAUUAUGUAAAAGAAA